UCUACUUUAUUUAUCUGUAAGCUUUGUUUUGGCAUGCACUAACUACACCUGCGGAGGGAACGGAUCCGUAUGGUAAAAUCCACGCUAGCAUGUCCGCACUUAGGAAGAAAUUUGGUGACGACUACCAGAUAGUAACCACCUCAUCCAGCAACUCAGGCUUCGGACAGUCUGCUCCAGAGCGUAAGCGGAAACGACAGCGCUUUGUAGAUAAAAACGGCCGCUGUAACGUCCAGCAUGGCAACCUUGGAGGAGAGACCAGCCGCUACCUGUCUGAUUUGUUCACAACUCUGGUCGACCUGAAAUGGCGCUGGAACCUGUUUAUCUUCAUCCUCACCUACACAGUGGCCUGGCUUUUCAUGGCUUCUAUGUGGUGGCUGAUUGCAUAUGCACGAGGGGACCUGAAUCGUGCACAUGAUGAUAAGUACACACCGUGUGUGGCCAACGUCUACAACUUCCCCUCAGCCUUUCUGUUCUUUAUUGAGACUGAAGCCACCAUUGGCUAUGGCUACAGGUACAUCACAGAUAAGUGCCCCGAAGGUAUUAUCCUGUUCCUCUUGCAGUCUAUUCUGGGCUCAAUCGUGGAUGCAUUCCUUAUAGGCUGCAUGUUUAUUAAGAUGUCGCAGCCAAAGAAAAGAGCAGAGACACUUAUGUUCAGCGAGCAUGCAGCCAUCUCUAUGCGGGACGGAAAGCUCACACUUAUGUUCAGAGUGGGCAACCUGCGCAACAGCCACAUGGUCUCAGCUCAGAUACGCUGCAAACUGCUCAAGUCUCGGCAGACCCCUGAGGGUGAGUUUCUUCCUCUGGAUCAGCUGGAGCUGGAUGUGGGUUUCAGCACUGGGGCUGAUCAGCUUUUUCUCGUGUCUCCUCUCACCAUCUGCCAUGUGAUUGACAGUAAAAGCCCCUUCUAUGAGCUCUCGCAGCGCUCCAUGCAGACUGAGCAGUUUGAGAUUGUGGUCAUCCUGGAAGGAAUUGUGGAAACUACAGGCAUGACUUGCCAAGCACGGACAUCAUAUACAGAAGAUGAGGUGCUGUGGGGCCAUCGCUUCUUCCCGGUUAUCUCUCUGGAGGAAGGCUUUUUCAAGGUUGACUACUCUCAGUUCCAUGCCACAUUUGAAGUCCCAACACCACCUUAUAGUGUAAAGGAGCAGGACGAGGCUCUACUCAUGUCCUCGCCGCACACUGCUCCAUCACUGUGCAAUAGCGGUGAAAAGAACAACUCACUGGACUGCCUGGAGCUCCUGGAGGAUUCUGAGACAACCACCAAGCUCCCAGCCAAACUACAAAAGAUGACAGGACGGGACGGGCUUCCAAGGAAGCUGCUCCGGAUGAGUUCCACUACAUCAGAGAUGACCUACAGCCUGGGAGACCUUUCCACAAAGCUGCAACGAAUCAGCUCGGUGCCUGGUGUUUCUGAAGAUAAGCAGAUCUCCAAGACCGGUAAGAUUAGUUCUGAGACUAUCAGUCAAUCUGUGGCUGACUUGCCACCCAAACUCCAGCGAUUGGCGGGGGGUGGAGGGCGCAUGGACGGACAUCUGCCUCCAAAAUUACGAAAAAUGAAUUCAGAUCGCUUUACAUAGAAGAUAGAAGUCUAGAGGACUGGUCUGUUCUUUAUAUUAGUGUUGCUGACCUGGGCAGAAUCUAAUUUAAA